UCCGAGCUGCCCCGGGCUCAGCGCGCGCCCGCCGCCCGCCCCUGCUCCCGCCGCCGCCAUGUCCCACUGGCAGCCGCCCGUGAUCCCGGCCAUCCGCAAGAAGCGGGGCCCGCUGCGCCCCUCAGAUACCUCUAGAGUAUUUUAUCUUGAUAUGCCAGAGCCAGUUAAGAGGCUAGAAAAGCUCAAUAGAGAACACAAACUGCAUGAGCCACCGUGUUCACCAGAGCGACGCAAUCAUCCGUACCCACGUUAUGCAAAAGUCAUUGACUGUGAUGUCAGGUUCUUAAAUGAACCAAUAGUCUAUAUGGAAACCAAAAAUACUAUGAAAAAAGAGGAUCAUUGGUGGCCAACUGGUAAAUCCCAUAUACAACAUUAUAAUCCAUCUUAUGACAGACAGACCACCCAAAGAACUGAUUUUCAGAACCCAGCCUGUAAGUUAACUUGUCCACCUAAAUACAUCUGUAAAAUACCACCAUCAUGUGGAAUAGUUCCACUUGCUAAUCCCAAACCACCAGAAAGCCUUCCAAAAAUUUUACAGGAACAGAUCUCCUUUAACCAUCAGUACAAUUCCAGAGUAACUCCUAAUGAACCCAUUCGAGGAAAGCGACAUGGAGCUUUUGUGUGGACAGAGAUAAAACCAGAGAGUGGGCCGAUAGUUCCUAAGGGAACAGAAGUAUUCCAGAGUGCUAGAGGGUCACGCUCACUAGGACAGCCAAAAACAGAGAAAGGAAACUCAGUGGAAAGCCGAAUGACCUCACCCAGUUACUGCCUGCAGAAUUCCCGGGGGCCACUAGGCUCUGAAACUCGCUUAUCAAAACCAGACGUCAGAGCAGCAGCCAAAGCCUGCCCCAGCAUUCCUGCAAGAGGACGGAGGAGUUCAAGCAUUUCUCAGACAACGGAGGUGAAUGUUAUCCAUCCUGCUAGGGAGGAGCCUUUAUGCCCAAUACUGAAAAAUCCCAUCAACAAAUCUCUGCAUAAGUUACCUACUGCAAAUAAAACCACACAGUCAGUUUUAUUACCACCAGCCACUGAAUUAAGGAGAGCCUAGAAUCACUACACCAGCCAGUGUUCUUGCCUAGGCUAAUAUCAAUAACACCAAACACAAGCUGACACCAGUGAACUGCUAGAGUGCAAACAAUACUCCUUUGACAUAACAACAGCUGCACUGUACUUUGAUGUUUCUAGAAAACUGUACGCUCAUAAGAACUUUUUUAUUUUUUUUUACAGUGGAAUUUCAUUGCCUUCGUAACGUGAACUUAAUGGUUUGGAUUGUUUGCAUGCUUUUUGUCCCCAAUUUGACUUUGAAUGACUUUAACACUUUCAGGGCUGGAGGUGACUAUGAUUCUUCAAAAUGUAUUUAUUUUUACAAGAAUAGAAGCACCAGGCUUUGGUUUUGGUUUUCUUGUUGCUGCUUUUAACAUAUACAGUUGUGAUAUGUGUUAUCUGUUUGCUGCUGCCCCAUAGAGCAUGAUUUCACACACCAUAUGGUGUCAGCUUGUCAUAAAUGGCAGCUAUUGUUGCUUCCGUAGGAAACAAUGACAGCCAAGAGGGACAAUUUGCUGCAGCCUACAGGAAUGCAAAAAUAAGUGUCACUACUCUAUACAGCUAACAAGGACAAAUUUGGAAUGAACCUUUUUUCAAGGACAUUGAUAUUUUCCUAUGAGCUCUAGCUUCUUUUUUAGUCCAGAUAAACUGUUAGUCCAGCGACUGAUGAGCAAACUUUUACUGAAGUUUGAAAUAUAUUGGAACAUUUGGAAAAGAUUUCUGGAAUAUAUUCCCCAGCACCCUGCUUUGUUAUUGUCACAGGAAACGCCCCCACCUACUCUUUGUCUCAGGGAAACUCAGAAAGUUUCAACUCCAGUUAUGAAGCAGCUUUUCGUCAAAGAGAUAAAGCAAGUUAUUACCUGCGGUUCUUGAACUUGAUCCACUAGUGUGCUGGAGAGGUUAAUGUAUGCAUUUCACAGCAGUGAGAAAAAUGGGAGUUUGAUUUCCUGCUUGCUAUAUUGAGUAAGACAUUACAACCACUGUAGCUGCAAGCAUGCUACAUGUUCUUUUGUCAAAGGCCAUUAACAGAGCCAAGGGAAGUUUUCAGAGUUUCUUUAGAACUUAUUUUGAGAGACUUUCUACCUAGUUUUGUCAGGUCCUCCUUACUGGAGCUAAAAAUGAAAAAAACCCUCGGACACACUUAGUCACAUUGUGCUGAUUAUUUGUUCUGCUUCAGACGACAGUAACAUUUCUUAAAUUACUCUAGAGGCCAAUUUUGGCUUUUUGGAUAUGCAAACUCAGAUUGCACUGAUGUAAGAAGGAGCCACAGGCCAUAUCUGAGAGUAAUCUGCCUCUUUAUUUUAGUGUACGCACUAGUUAUACUAAUUACAUGUAACUCUGUUUCUACCAACGUUUCAACGCUGAAGCACUUUGAUAUUUGUAAAUAUGGAUAUGACCAAAACUGUCAGAACUGUGUCUUUUGUAAUAUAGUUUUCCUUUUUGUCUUCUAAUUUUAUUCAUUAAACUUUUGACCAGCAUGUGUGAGAGAGUGAAGUCUGUUAGAACUGUACAGUUGGCAAAAAACUGAAGUAUUUUGCAAAAAGGCUAAUAUCUAUGUUAAACUUAAAAGCCCAGCUUCCAGAAGACUGGAUGUCCUUUAUGGCUGCUAGUGGGCUGUCACUACAAAGCCAUGCCCAGCCUCAGGAGGACUGUAUAUCAGGCAAGGUAAAUAUCACCAGAGUCAGAGAUAUUUUUAUAUCCAGUCAUAACAUGUUGUCCAUGAUACUAAGACACGGGCUUUUCAUGCCAGAAUAAACUAUCAAGAUGGAUACCAUGGUACAAAAUAACAUGUACAUUAAAUUAUCCAAGUGCAUGGUGUAUGCAGCUGUCCUUAAAGUCACAGGAAUGAUUAUCACUACCUUCAGUAGAAGUUGGACCAUGUCGUCUGAGAGCUUGCAAUUUAAAAUGAUAAAAAAAUGGAUGGUGAGCGAGGGAAUGGGAUACCCUGUACAAACAUAGAAUUGAUUCUUUAAGAUUUGAAAAUUACUAGUACUUCUUGAUACUGGUCAUAUUUUAAUGUCAUAGGGCCAGACUGCGCAGACCUUUCUGCAUGUAAAUACUUUUUCCCCUUUUUUGUGCAUGGAGGAUCUUAUUAACAGACCAGGGAUUGGGAAGUCCACUCCUGGGCAUCUGAAUCAUUAGUUCAUUCUCCUUUUCAGCCUGUCCAUUCAGUUUCUCCUGCUUCCAGUAUCUCCGCCUUCCACCAAGGUUAUUUUGUCAUCCCAUCUUGAGGAAAAGAUAACUUAAAGGACCACAGAAAAAGUUGUUCACAACUUUAAAUCCUUACUGGCAAUAUAGAUUUCAUGGAUUGGGUCUUCCACGUAGAUGAUGUCAUACUUUCAUGAUGCUUCUGAAUCAAAAUAAUUGGCCAGAGUAACGUGCUGGUUGUUGAUCUUGCCCAAAGCUCUCUUGUAGAUCAGUUCAUUUGUAGAUUUUAGAUUUGUAUAAUCUCAUACAAGGUACAUUUCAGCAAUCUGGACACGUUAAUUGAAGCUUUUUUAAAGUAACUGGUAUACCAUUGAAGAUCUGAUGCAGAUAAAGAAGCUGUAAUAUUUUGUGGGGCUAAGGCCAUUGCUAUCUGAUUACACAGGGCAAUAUGGUUCAGCUAGUACAUAACAGUUGCCAGAUUUCUGGGCUAUUAGGGCAUAUGAAUUUAAUGUCCGUACAUCUGACUACAUUCAUUGCAGUAGAUGUAAGCUCUUACAUAGCUGAGUUUUCUUUGCUCCUUGUGAAAUUUCUUUUGAAACAACAGCUUCCUGAGAUGCUUAAGUCUUUUAUAUCUUUUAAAAGAAUUGGAAACUGAUCGCACCUUCUUUGCUACCCAUAGCACAGAGCAGUGAAUUAUGUGCAACUGUUUACAAGAUCAAAUCCAUAUUUCCUAACUAAUAUAUGUUGCAUGCACAGCAGUUCUACACAAUUCACAUAUAGCAGUUGAGCCAGAAGUAUGUAUUUUUAAUGAGUAGUUCACUAAAAUACCAGAGCACAUAUAUUUUAUUCCUUUUCAUGAAUUCUUGAGGCUCAGAUCUGCCUUUUGAUUAUGUUCUACUUGUUCUAAGCCUCUCUUGUUGAUUGGUUGUGGAUUGUGCCUUUGAUUGUGUUCAAUUUGAGACUUUUACUGAAGGAGUAGAUUUUAUUUUCUGUGCACUGCACACUUGUUUCUGUAGCAAAUUUCUUGUUCAUAUUAAGGAUGCUUUUUAUUUGCAUCUAUAUUAAUGAAUGCAUUUUAUAGGCGUUGUACAUACUGUUGGAAACACAAUCUUAUUUGGAAAUUGUCCUUACAUUAAGUGCAUUGAAAUAUUUUGAA